ACUACAUAUAUCUCUUUCUUGUGGGAGUGGGAAAAAAAAGCUCCUUAAAGCUUGUGCCUUUGCUUUUAAGCUUAGUAUUAAUACUAUUAUCUCUUUUUCUUUUUUUUUUUAGCCAAAAUGGGUGCUAGGAUUUUUCUAGUGGUGGCCAUUGUUUUCACGGCGGUGGCGACGGUGGUGGUGGCCGGAGCUCCGGUGCAUCAUGUGGUCGGAGAAGAUAGAGGGUGGGACCCAUCUACUGAUAUUACUUCUUGGUACUCUCAAAGAGUUUUUAGAGUUGGUGAUAAAAUUUGGUUCACCUACUCCACAACUCAGGAGAGUUUAGUGGAGCUGAGAAACGAGGAAGAUUUUACAUCGUGUGAUCUAUCGAACCCGAUCAAGAUGUACACGGAUGGUUUAGAUACGAUCUCUCUUGAAGGAGAAGGAAUCCGCUACUUCGUUAGCGGAAACACGGAGAGUUGCAAAAAUGGGCUGAAAAUACCUGUGAAGAUUCAGCCCAAAGAGCAAAUUAUGGCCCAAAAUAAUGUUGGAUUAAUGGCUGUAGCUGAUGGGCCUACAGUACCUUCUGCUUCAACAAACUUAAAUGGGCUUUCAUACAUUUUGGCUGUUGGAUUAUCAAUCUGCUUAUUGGGCCUUUAGAUAAAAAUAGCAAUUAUGGGUUGUCUAAACUUUAUUAAGUAGGAUAAUUUACCACUUUAUUUGAACUACUAUUGAAUAUCUUAAUUUUGAAUUAUGAUAUUGAUAUAUUGUCUUUGUUUUGGCAUAA